GAGAGUGCAUGGGAGAAACGGUGGUUGGUGGGACAGGGAAGGAAACUUCGGAGAGAGUGCGAGUGAAGUCGACUACGAAGAACAGAGACAAAACGAGGUGAACGAGCGAGCAAGAGACGGACGACGGUACAGAGUGGCGGUACACGGGGCGCGAGAAAAGCGGUAGUGUGCCGUGGACCACCGCACUGGCAUACCGUGAUUCGUUACGAUCUCCAUCGUCCUCUGACUCGUACCGGACCUCACAGUCAUCAGCGAAGUCACAAUACGACAAGUGCUAGUGCAGUGCGGACUAGCGGAGUCACUUUUGAUUCCGUGACAGAUCGAUCGGCUCCUCAAGAGGCCUCGACCUGAUCAAACGCGAAUUUAGUUUAUUUUAAAAAGAGGAAGAAAGAGAGAACCGCCCGCGAGGGUGGUUGUCGCGUGCCGGCUGACCGAACUGUCGUCGGGCGAGCACGCGGUAGAGGAACCCAAGCCGUUUUAUAGCCCGUCUUAUUACCUAAGUUUAUUGCAUCGUAACGGUUUAACGAUCAUCGCCUGUUUCCAUAGUCGAGACCACCAGUGUAUGCUUUGCCUGUAGCGGUAACCAUAACAAGACCAUAAAAGCCCCCGCCGCUGACAUGAAACCCAUUCUGAAUUACACUCUUACGGCCUACUGACAUUGACACUCUGGGUGUAACCAGCUAUACCUGCCGAUGACUUUUAUGACCUCUUAAAAUUGUUUAAUGCUCGUUUAUUUCUUCCUCGUCAACCUUAUCAUCUGUCGCCAUCCGUGAAAUAGCAUAUCGCUUCCUUAAGCGCGUUUUAUAUCGGAACGUAGUAUAAGAUCGGAGGUUUUACUACUAUUUAAUUUGAAACGGUUAAAUCGGUGUAACUUGGCGUUGGAAUUGGAGUACGGACUAGUGAAAUUCGACUAGCCGUGUGCACUCCAUGUAAUUGCGGGCCAUUUGAACUCUGACUUCUUUGCUUUUUUUGUGCCGGUGUUUUAGUGUAAGUGAUCCAAAAUACCCGGGAUAAUGAACUCGUACUUUGAGCAGACCGCGGGUGGCUUCUACGGAAGCCACCAUCAUCAAACGGGAGCGGCAAGUCAGCAUCAUGAUCCAGCUACCGCAGCAGCGUAUCGAAGCUUUCCACUCGGAUUAGGUAUGUCGCCCUACGCUUCGGCGCAACAUCAUCAUCACACAUCAUCCUCAUUAGGAAUACAUCCAGGCGGUGGAAGCAAUACAAGACCACCUCAAGAUUCGCCAUAUGAUGCGAGCGUUGCGACGGCGUGCAAGCUUUACUCAACGACACCUGAGGCAACCGGUCACACUACGUCCUCAUAUUCAACAACAGCAACGAAAGACUGUAAGCAACAGGAUCAAACGUCGACACAUCAAAACGGUUAUGCUGCGGUGAUGGCAGCGGCGGCGGUCAAGGACGUUUGGCAGUCAGCGACCUCGGGAACGAACAGCCAGAGUAAUUCGGUCGUACGUCCUUCUGCGUGUACCCCAGAGAGUACGAGGGUCAGCAGCUACGGUGGCCUCGUAGGCGGUGAUCCAGCAUCGAGUCCUGGUAACAACAGUUCGUCAAGAUCCCUUACGUCGUCUUGGAACACCUGCAGUUUAAACUCGUCCGCGAGUCAACCGGUCGCCACGCAACUGCAUCAGCAACCUUCCAACCAUACCUUCUACCCCUGGAUGGCUAUAGCAGGGGCGAACGGAAUGCGCAGACGCGGCCGACAAACUUACACGCGCUACCAAACUCUGGAGCUCGAGAAGGAAUUCCACACGAACCACUAUCUCACCAGGCGGAGGCGGAUCGAGAUGGCACACGCGCUCUGCCUGACGGAACGGCAAAUCAAGAUCUGGUUCCAGAAUCGACGAAUGAAAUUGAAGAAGGAGAUUCAAGCGAUCAAGGAGUUAAACGAGCAAGAAAAGCAAGCGCAGGCGCAAAAGGCGGCGGCAGCAGCGGCGGCAGUUGCGCAUCAACAACAAGGGGGCGGUGGGGGACCAGAGGGGGGAAACUAGGGGUACGCCCUGCAUCGGAGCCCCCCUGACCACCCUACCGCCAAUCCUCACCACCCUCUACUAGCAUCGCAAUGUACACAGCUGUAUUAAAGGUGAGUGGCAGGCUGCACCCCGCUGUCUCUGCAAUGCCAAAUAGAUGGUCGAUGUGCGUAUCUGUCGAUCGUCAAUUUAUCGGUUGCGGCGAAUCGGAUGCUGCACCCGAAUGGCGCCAAGGAAUUCUGGACUCUCAUCAUUUAUGAAUCAUCACCCGUUGGCAGUACCAGAG